AUGUCAGUUGUUUCAAAGUAUGAUUCAAUAUCAGAUACCACGUUUAACACAAACGACAAGCUUGCAUUCUUCAACGAGAGACGGACAUCGUUCAGUCCGAUGGCAUAUACCUCUCUCUACGGUGACAAUGCGCGCGAAUUCUACCCCGAACGCUGGGAAGGCACAGACCUCGAGAAGACGAUCGGGUGGGGGUUUAUGCCUUUUCACGGUGGCCCGCGGACCUGUCUCAGCAAGGAUUUUGCGAUGACAGAGGCUUCGUAUGGGAUAACCAAGGUUAUCCAGACGUUUCCGCAAUUGAGACUACCUCCCGACGUUGAGAAGGAAGCAACGGGGUAG